GGACAGGCUAUGACAAAUGUCAUCUGACAGUGUUUUAAUAUCAUUAUUUAGCCUAGACCUAUUGCAAUAUAUUGCGUAAUAGGUUAUGUUAGUUUCCAAAAUGGCCAAUGAUUGUUACAUUAUUCUAGAUUUAUUGCGGUCAGAUAUCCUGUAGAGCUGCAGGUGCAAACCAGAAACCCGGGCUGUUCUGUUCCCAUGGAGACAAAUUCGCAAGGGACCUCUGACGAGAAACUAUACGAUAAAUAGCCUACCGGACUUUAUAUGGUAAACCUAAUCUUGAUAAUUCUGUAUUUAUUAUGAAGUAGUUUAGAUUAAGUGAACACGAGUCCUGGGGAUUACAAUAAUGACAAAGGGGGAUUUUUGUUGACGGCUUGUCUGUAGGCAAGCUGGUUGGAUAAUAUUGGUGCUGGGGAGAUUUGUCCUAUCCAGUGCUGUGACUGAGCUUGAUGGCUUUCUGCCAGGCAGACCGGCAAAUGAAAGUUGAGAACAAGAGAGGCGAUUGAAUCCUCCGGUGUUGUCCAGGAUUUGAUUUGACAGUGUUUUUGAAAGAACUGCGAGUUUACUCAAUGCCACCUGAUUGAGAGGCAUAUGCUUUCUGUCUGCACACACAUCCUAUGGUACCGCGGGCGACGUAAAGCGUUCUGUGUUGACGCCCAGACAUGGACAACGUGAAAACAUUGGUGAUGCUGCGCGACUAAGGGUAAUUGUGAAAAGUGAUAUAAUCGUAUUUAUGUUAAAUGAAUUAUGCUAACACCCACUGACUUCAUCCACAUGAUAAUGGUAAAAUAUCUCGCCGGGUUUUGACGGGCUGACCAGGGACACCCCAGGAAGCUGAUCUAGCAGAAGUCCCGGUCCACAGCCAGCUAGGCAGGAUGACAGAGGGGGUGGAGUUGGAGGCCAGACAGAACCAGACCCACAGGACCCAGAGGACCAGACAGAACCAGACCCAGGGCGACACAGUCCUGCUGAGGAGGGGUAGUGGAGGAGAGGGCCCCAAGGGGCCUAAGGGACCCGAGGUUAGGGCAGAGGGGUCCAGGGGGUCUGAGGUUAGGGCAGAGGGGUCCAAGGUUGGCGCAGAGGGGUCCAGGGGAUCAGAGGAUGUGGUAGAGACACGGACAUCUCAGGACUGGACCAGGGUGAACCACAGUACUGUGCGGAGGAGCACAGACAGUGACUCGGAGGAGCAGGAGGAAAAGGAGGAGGAGGAGGGUUCCCUCCACCACCACCACCUUACUGGGACACCACCCCACAAUGGCCCAACUGGAGAACCAGGGGCUGGGCUGUCUGGGAACGAGUAUUCCCAACAGGAGGCCCCAGAUGGGGGCUGGGGCUGGGUAGUGCUGGUGGCUACUAUCCUGGUCCUGGCUCUAACGCUGGCCUUCCCUUCCUGUAUUGGUAUCUUUUACACAGAGCUACAGGCUGAGUUCAGCUCCAGCAACACAGAGACGUCCUGGGUGCCUGCUAUCAUGACUGCUGUGCUGCACGCUGGUGGUCCACUAUGCAGCGUGCUCGUGGAACGCUUUGGUUGCCGGGUAACGGUGAUGGUGGGAGGGGUUCUGAGUGGACUAGGCAUGGUGGUCAGCGCCCUGGCCAGAACCAUCACAGAACUCUACAUCACCAGCAUCAUCGCAGGGUUGGGGUUCUGCCUGUCCUUCCAGCCCUCUGUGACCAUGAUGGGCCACUACUUUUUGAGGCGGCGGGCGUUUGCCAAUGCCCUGUCGUCCACCGGCACGGCCCUGGGCCUCAGCACCUUACCCCUGCUGGCCAACUUCCUGCUGGGCCAGUUUGGCUGGAGAGGCAGCUUCCUGGUCCUGGGAGGGCUGCUGUUGAACUGCUGCGUGUGUGGGGCUGUCAUGAGGCCCCUGGGGGCCAAACACAGUGGAGCCCAGAGGACACUCACUAACAAGGCUGCCCAGGGGCUCAGCAAGCAACCAAUCAAAGGUCCUCUCAAACAGGAGAAGGAGGGACUUAAGGCAAGACUUAGGACAGCGCUCAGUGACCUUGUCGUGUUCCUACGGAGACACAUGGCCUUUGAUCUGUUGGUCAGUAACCCUCGUUACCGUGCCUAUGCCCUGGGAGUGACGUGGAUGAUGUUGGGGUUUGUAGUUCCCCUGGUCUACCUGGUGCCCUAUGCUACAGCCAAUGGUAUGGAACAGGACCGAGCCGCGUUACUGAUGGCCAUACUGGGCCUAGUUAACAUUGCUGUGAGACCCGUGGCGGCUGUCUUCUUCGGCCUGCCGCGCUUCAGGGGCAGUGGCUGUUUUGUGUAUGUGUUUGCGGUAGCCCUCCUGGUCAACGGGCUGAGUAACAGUAUCUGUGGUGCGGCUGCCACCUUCCCCGUGCUCCUGAUCUACGUGGUCAUCUUUGGUCUGUCCAUGUCUGUGAUUGGCUCUCUGCUCUUCACGGUGCUGAUGGAAACGGUGGAGAUGAGCCGGUUCCCCUCUGCCCUGGGUCUCAUCAGUAUGUUAGAGAGUGGAACACUGCUGAUUGGACCGCCGCUCGCAGGCAUGUUGGUGGACAGUACAGGACACUACUCUUAUGUGUUCUAUGCCUGCAGUGGGACUGUCUCCUCCUCUGGCCUCUUCCUCAUCGGAGCGUUCUACUAUCUGGACAGACAGAAGAAGAGGGAAGAGAAGAAGAGAGCAGGUCCUCCUGCUGCGUACCAACAGAAGCCUGCCAUCAGCCUAGUCCCUGACUGCCAGUACAGCCAUGUUCCUUCUACACAGGGAGGGAAGCCUGCCAUCAGCCUAGUCCCUGACUGCCAGUACAGCCAUGUUCCUUCUACACAGGGAGGGAAGCCUGCCAUCAGCCUAGUCCCUGACUGCCAGUACAGCCAUGUUCCUUCUACACAGGGAGGGAGAGCAGCGGACACUGUUCGUGUCACCAACGUGUGACGUACUAAUAUGCACGUGUGUGACCCAGUAAGACAAACUGUCUAGCUGCCUGCCAUAGAAUUACAUCUAGAAUCAGAAUGAAGUAAGGAGGUAGCCUUCCACGAGCCUUGGCCUGUAGGAGCUGCAGCAUAUCACUGUGUAUAUCAUAUGCUCACUGUGUAAUGCCUCACUAUGAUGAAUCAAUGAAGGAUAGGAUCUCUGUGGUGCCUGCUGUCUGCUGCCUUCAGAGGGAAGAACUGGGAGGUUACACAUACACUACAGUUAUCAUCACUGUGAUUCUAUGUGUGUACGUACGUAUCCAGGCAUUCACAACACAGAGUUUGUCUGGAUUUGGAAGUCACACUCUGUCACAUGCGCUCUCUCUCUCUCGCUCUCUCUCUCUCUCUCUCUCUCUCUCAACAGUAUACACUAUUAUCUUUAUUUCAAUAAAUAUCUUCUGUUUCAUCACAGACACACGAGGCUGAAUGACACAACAUCCCUGUUUCAUUCAGACCCUGAAUGACAGUGCUGUAAAAGCUGACCAAGCAGUCUAGUAGACGCUACAGUAGAACUGUAUAACAUACGGCCCACUAGUAGACGCUACAGUAGGACUGUCUGACAUACGGCCCACUAGUAGACGCUACAGUAGAACUGUAUAAUAUACGGCCCACUAGUAGACGCUACAGUAGAACUGUAUAACAUACGGCCCACUAGUAGACGCUACAGUAGAACUGUAUAACAUACGGCCCACUAGUAGACGCUACAGUAGAACUGUAUAAUAUACGGCUCACUAGUGGACGCUACAGUAGAACUGUAUAACAUACGGCCCACUAGUAGACGCUACAGUAGGACUGUAUAACAUACGGCCCACUAGUAGACGCUACAGUAGAACUGUAUAAUAUACGGCCCACUAGUAGACGCUAGAGUAGGACUGUCUGACAUACGGCCCACUAGUAGACGCUACAGUAGAACUGUAUAAUAUACGGCCCACUAGUAGACACUACAGUAGAACUGUAUAACAUACGGCCCACUAGUAGACGCUACAGUAGAACUGUAUAACAUACGGCCCAUUAGUAGACGCUACAGUAGAACUGUAUAAUAUACGGCCCACUAGUAGACGCUACAGUAGAACUGUAUAACAUACGGCCCACUAGUAGACGCUACAGUAGGACUGUAUAACAUAUGGCCCACUAGUAGACGCUACAGUAGAACUGUAUAACAUACGGCCCACUAGUAGACGCUACAGUAGGACUGUCUGACAUACGGCCCACUAGUAGACGCUACAGUAGAACUGUAUAAUAUACGGCCCACUAGUAGACGCUACAGUAGAACUGUAUAACAUACGGCCCACUAGUAGACGCUACAGUAGGACUGUAUAACAUACGGCCCACUAGUAGACGCUACAGUAGAACUGUAUAACAUACGGCCCACUAGUAGACGCUACAGUAGAACUGUAUAAUAUACGGCCCACUAGUGGACGCUACAGUAGAACUGUAUAACAUACGGCCCACUAGUAGACGCUACAGUAGAACUGUAUAACAUACGGCCCACUAGUAGACGCUACAGUAGGACUGUAUAACAUACGGCCCAGUAGUAGACGCUACAGUAGAACUGUAUAACGUACGGCCCACUAGUAGACGCUACAGUAUAACUGUCUGACAUACGGCCCACUAGUAGACGCUACAGUAGGACUGUCUGACAUACGGCCCACUAGUAGACGCUACAGUAGGACUGUAUAACAUACGGCCCAGUAGUAGACGCUACAGUAGAACUGUAUAACGUACGGCCCACUAGUAGACGCUACAGUAUAACUGUCUGACAUACGGCCCACUAGUAGACGCUACAGUAGGACUGUCUGACAUACGGCCCACUAGUAGACGCUACAGUAGGACUGUAUAACAUAUGGCCCACUAGUAGACGCUACAGUAGAACUGUAUAACAUACGGCCCACUAGUAGACGCUACAGUAGGACUGUAUAACAUACGGCCCACUAGUAGACGCUACAGUAGAACUGUAUAACAUACGGCCCACUAGUAGACGCUACAGUAGGACUGUAUAACAUACGGCCCACUAGUAGACGCUACAGUAGAACUGUAUAACAUGCGUUCCACUAGUAGACACAAAUAAAUAUUUGAAUUUGUUAAAUCUUUUGACUAACAACGAUCUCAAUCGACAUUUUAAAUGAUUAAAACCAAAUUAUAACUAUUUAGAAAUUAUAAUGGACCUAAAUAUAGUCUCUUCACUCUGUCCAGCUUGCUAACAGUCAUCAUAAUGAAAGCUACAUUUAUAGUCUCUUCACUCUGUCCAGCUAGCUAACAGUCAUCAUAAUGAAAGCUACAUUUAUAGUCUCUUCACUCUGUCCAGCUAGCUAACAGUCAUCAUAAUGAAAGCUACAUUUAUAGUCUCUUCACUCUGUCCAGCUUGCUAACAGUCAUCAUAAUGAAAGCUACAUUUAUAGUCUCUUCACUCUGUCCAGCUUGCUAACAGUCAUCAUAAUGAAAGCUACAUUUAUAGUCUCUUCACUCUGUCCAGCUUGCUAACAGUCAUCAUAAUGAAAGCUACAUUUAUAGUCUCUUCACUCUGUCUAGCUAGCUUAGUCAUCAUAAUGAAAGCUACAUUUAUAGUCUCUUCACUCUGUCCAGCAAUAACAGUCAUCAAAAUGAUAGCUCGACAGCCAAGGAGCAUCAAAAAUUCGAAAACCAAUGGAUAGACAUUUUGCAAAUUUUUGCAAAUUUUGACGCCAAGACAGUAUAUACACAUUUUAAGUGCGGCACUCCGGACCUUGGUGAAGACUGAAUGCGGCCCGCAGGGCAAAGUGAGUUGGACCACCCUGUGCUAGAGCAGUGUUACUCAUGAAUUGCGGCAAUUGUACUGCCAAUAACAUGGGCAACCUAACUUUUUAGUGCUUUAACUCUUUGGCUUUAGGAGGAGAUUAUGGUUGUUUGUACACUGUCACCGUGACAACACUGAGUAUGGCUAUGAAUGUAUUCCUGCACCUUUUUGAAUAUCCUCUGUGACUUCUUAGAUGCCUUGAUAUAACUGAGAAUGAAACAAUAGCCUUAUGUAUGAAAGGAUAUACAAAUAUUUUGUAUUUUAGUCAACUUAUUUCUGAAGAUUUAAUAUUGAAUGUUUACAGAAUAUUAAACAUUUUCUAUAAAAGUAA